AUCGAUUUCACCGACACUGGACAAGGCCUUCGCGAUUCUUAGAAACUUGGUCUCCCUACUCCUGCUCACCCCACACUCCAACAGGGGAGACGACCAACGACAAGGCGAGUAUCGGCUUGAUCAUCUGGAAGGACUUCUCUCGAUAGCACGAGAUGCAACAAGAUCGACUGGACACAUCAACCACCAACCUACGCGAGCGCGCGAUCCAAGACAGACAGCAACUGAUCACUGAAAGUCAGGAAAUCUACCAUCGACUCCUCAGUGAGGUCUCUUGGGCCAUCCAGAGCAUCCGUCAACUGGGCGAACUUGGUGGCGGUCUUGCCCCCCCAACACAACAUCCGAUCUCCUCUGAGCAAGAGGCUCGCUUACGAGAAUUUGUAGAGAAGAUCACUACGGGCCGACAAUCCCCUCAUGACAUUGAUCUCGCCCACUUACAGGAUGACAAUCCUCCCGAGCAAGCCAAGCAGGUCGACACCCAGGCCGAGGUAGCAAGACGGGAUUCAGACGCAAUGGAUCUUGAUGUCAUAGUCGAGUCCCAGCAGCCUGACAAAAAUUCUGAACUCACCGCAGUUAGCACACAAGUCGAUCAUUCUGAGCCAACAAACUUGAAUCCUGGUCAUGUCGACGCGCAGAGACCUCUCCGGCAGAAGUCUACUGAAUCUUUGUCCAUCCCUCAACCACAGUCCGUCCUCAGUGCCCGGCCGGGCCCUUCUCACAAGAGCAGAACUGAGUCGGAAAACAUCCUUUCAGCCUCGGCGAAAUGCACAGUGUCUCGCCAAUCCCCCUCGGCUAGCAAUCGUCCAGGCCCAACCAAUCAGUCAACUAUCACUAGAGCAUCUUCCUUACCCUCGGAUAGCUCAGCACAAUCACAUAAAGCAAGCCGUUUUACUUCCCUUGAUUAUGUGUCCCAACUUCCGUCCGUACCAGUUCAAAUCCUUGCCAGCCGAUUGUCGGCUGCUCAGGCGGUAACCGGAACAACUUCCAAGAAUAUCCGCCGUCAGGCGGUCCGUUCAGGGCUGUGGAUUGGUCCAGGCAGCUCUGAAAUCACAAAGCUUGGGAUCAAGGCCCAACACAUUGGAGUCAAGUCUGCGCUGCGCAAGGGUUCGCCGACCAAAAGCAAAAACCCCUACGAGAAAUCCAAGCUUCAUAACGUGCUAACCACGGCUGAUUGGAAGACUAUGGUGGACGAGCUACAGAUGGCGCGGGCGCUUGAAGUGUUGGAAAGAUUGAAAGCCGAGAAAGCAUGGGCUUAUUCCCAAAUAAAGAAACCUCGGAUUGCCCCUGUUCAGAAGGCCCACUGGGAUCACUUACUCGAUGAAAUGACGUGGCUGCAGAUUGAUUUUCGCCAGGAGAGACGUUGGAAAAUCGUUACUGCUCAUCGUUUGGCUAAGCAAGUCGUACAAUGGCACCAAGCCGAUUCACUUGGGAAGCAGCGUCUGCAAGUCAAAGUACACUCUCCUAGAAAACACAAUUCAGCCGGAAUUGAGAAUCUUGGUGACUGCGCCUCAUCGUCACUUGCACCACCCCAUCAGAUCGGCCCCUCGUCAAAUACGCGGCCAAUCGGUCUUACCAGGCUCUCUUCAGAAGUCGCCCAUGGGGAUGCCUCACCCUCUCUUUCUACCAAAGGUUCACCUGAAUCCCUUCGACCAAUUCAUCCUCUGCGGUCACCCAUUUCAGUAGAAGCAGCAGCCAUCUCCACCGUUGAAAAAUUGACGGCAACUACCACUCCCGAAGCUAGUCACACCUCUCAUGAUUCGCGUAAGACUUUGCAGCAGAUCAAACGCUCUCGAAUUCCAAUCUUCGAGAUGGCUCCCGAUGAGACUCUCAUUGAUGCGGAAAAACUUGUGUUGGAUGGUAUACGUGCCAAGCCAGUCGGAUACACUAUCGAACAUGUCAAGUUACAAAAACUUUUUGCUGACUUGCCAUUAUUUGGUGAUCUUGAUUCUCGUCCGGACAAACGCCCCGACGAAGCUAGUCCUCAUCUUGGUCGCAUCGCCCGGGUGGCGCCUUUCCUAGAAGCCAAGCCACUGCUUGUCAGUACUCUUCAACCCUCGAAGAAUUGUCUAGGGAUGCAGUGGCGAAAUCUGGGCCCACUAUCUGCCGAUGAUCUACGGGAGUCAGGAGAGCACAAGUCCGAUUCUAGCCAUCACCCCAGCUAUAUUUUCUCGGGUCGGAAAUCUAAAGAAAUCAAGGAAUCCAACAUACCUGCUCCUCCCGCCUCUCCCGCGCCGGAUUUUGGACGAAGUGACGAACUCAAUUGGGUUUCAUCGGACGAAGAACUACUCAAACAGAUCGCUUCAACUUACGAGUUCAACUGGAAAAUAGUUGCGGACGUGUUCAAUGCUAGUCUCUCUCAGUCUAUGAACAUUCCGGUAACUUCUCGCGACUGUUAUGACUGCUGGACCCGGCUGCAUCAGGCCCCGAAGUCUGCAACUCAUGAUACAUCGACAUCACUUUCCAAGUCAAAUUAUGAGCCGAAUCCUUCCACUGCAGCGGUUCCCGCUCCUACUCUUCAGUCUAAUGCUGAACUCCCCUCGACAGAACCAAAUCAACAGACUUUGACUGAUGACCCACUAUGUACAAAUGCUUCAAAACGCCCGGCCCAGGCAUCAUUGUUCCCCAACAAACGCACCGCGCGCGAUGAUGCGCUUCAAGAAAUUGCCCGCAAAGUGAAAGAAAAGAGGUCCACAGGCUUCCCAAGGCCUGCGCCAUCCCCCACUCAAUCGCGCCAAAUCGUUCUGAGUGCGCACGAAACACAUGCGCAAACCCUCCGGCCCUAUAUGACCCCAUUGGAAAUGUCAGCCCUGAAGGCAGAACGAGAUCGACAGACCCAAGCGGCUUUAGAAAUGGCAAAAAGACAGCAACAGAUGCACCAUGAAUCUCUUCUUCACCAAGCUAGAGCUGCUGCUGUAGUCGCGGCUGCUGCACAAAUCCCCCUGAGAAAUACUACAAAUAAGGUCUCGGGAUCAGUAAAUGGCAACGGACCAUCCCGGGUAACCUCACAACCAACAGCAGUGAACUUUGCCCAAGCUCGUCAUAAUGGCCUACCAGCAGUUAAUAUACAUAGGCAGACAGCCCAAGUUCCAGCCCGUUACGCAACCAGUCCACCCCUCAUUAACGUUAGCAAUCGGGGAACUGCAUCACCUGUGCCACAUCCCCCCGCCACUUCCCUUCAAGCAAGACAAUCAUUACUGGAGAACCAAGCGGCUUCCGCCGCACCAGUCGGCUCACAAGCGCCGAUCGUGCCCCAGCUUCCGAAUAUGCCCCAAGGGUUCCAGCCUAAAACACCGAAUUCCCAAUCACCAGCUCCAGGAUCUACCCCUGGUCAUCACACUCCCAAUGGAACGACACAGACGCCGAAUGGGCUACACAAUAACACGGUAUCCCACUCUUUAACGCCCAUUCAGGUGGCUCAAUAUCUUCAACAGCAGCAACAUCUUCAGCUACAACGCUCGCCUGAGCAUCGAAUACACCAUCAACACCAACAACUCCUCCUUGCCCAACAUUUUCAACAGCAAAGUCAACACGCCCCUUCUCCCUUUGGCCAUCAAGCUUCCGCGCAAGUCUUUGCCGCCCACCAAUCCACUCCUCAUCUUCAACAAAACCCUCCGAUCUCUAACGGCCAGUCUCAGCUCUCUUCUGGCGCAACCAGCGCGGCUAACUCGACCCCUCCACUGGCCGCGUCCUCAUCUCCUCUUCCACACCCACCCGCUUAGAACUUUGAACCUUUUUUGUCAAUCUCUGUCGGUUGGUCUAGUCUUGUAUAGUCAAUCGGUUCAACCUUUUUUUUUGUUGAUUAGAAACGAAUCAGACGAAAUCUCUCUUCUCUCAUUCUUCCCCCCCUCCCCUCUGAGAUAAAUAACUGAUUUUAAUGAGACAAACACUCAAUUCUUUACUUUUUCAGACCACUCAAGACUUUCUUUUACAUCAUACAUUCAUACAUAUAUAUAUAGAUACGUAUACAUUAAAGAACUCAAGAAUGAAUGUAUGA